CUCUGCUGCACCCACAACCCUAUUUGACGGGGAAAAAGAACACCGUGUUCCUUCUGCGGCUGCUGUCUUGCGGGACAGCAACCUAUUUGAGAUGGCAGGUCAUAUGAUUGGUCAUUCUUUCCUGCAUGGUGGAAUAGGCUUCUCAGGACUCAGUUUACCUGUGGUGACGGUAUUGACUGGUGGGAGCAGUGAGACUGCAGCAUCAGUUCUGACCCUGGAGGACUGUCCUGAUAUUGACCAUCGUCAAACUAUUGGUUUACUGAAGAAUGAUGAACUUACUGCAGAAGAAAAUACCAAAGUGACUGAUCUUUGCCUGUCCUGGGAUUUUCCAUUUCCAACCUCCACCAAUCGUGUUUGGCUUUUUCAGGAACUGCUUUCACAUGCUGUACUCCACCGUGUUAAACAGCAAAUUAAGCAAAUCCGUAAAGGUCUGAAGGAAACAGGAAUCUGGCCAAUUAUUUCAGAUAGGCCAGAUGUCCACCCCUUAAUUUUUCCAAGGGAGUCAAGCGAGAAGCUCAACCCACAGUCUUUGAUCCAGGGCAUUACCUGGCCACAACCAAGCUGUGACAGCGACGAGGAUGAGGAUGACACUGUCCCACUAGAGAAAAUCGCUCUAGUCACUGGAUAUCUUCGAAAAUUCAUAGAGGAAGCAACUCCAGAUGUGCUGCGUGACCUGACCAAGUUUUGGGUUGGGUGGGAACGCCCAACUGGAAACAUGAAUGUGGAAGUUGUAACUUCUACCUAUCCAGUGGCUCUCACUUGCUUCAUGAAGUUGAAGCUCCCCAGCCACUACCAGAGCUAUACAAGUUUUCAGCAGGACUUAAUGAUGGCCCUGACCUCCAUAGAUUCUGGCUUUGGACUUGUGUAGGGGCAAAUGUGUCACUAUGGGGAAUUGUGGGCACAAUAAUUAAUGUUCUACUUUAGUUCGGCCCCAUGUUCUUUUAUCUGGCCUCAAGAAAGUGCUGCAUGUAUUGGAGAGUGUUAAUAUAGAUGUCCGCUCCAAAACAGUCAGAUUGCUGCAAUGGAUCUAUGUUGUCUUGCAUAGCCAUGGUUUCCAGCUCCGAAAGAGGACUGUCCAGUUCAGGGAUAGUAACACCAGGACGAGGUUCAUUUGUGUAGCCACUAUCCUCCCAUUGAAUCUCUGUGAUGGGUAUUACCUCAAAGUUAUUG